AUGUCUCCUGGGACUUCCCUAACUACACAAAGUGCGAGUAGACAUAACCAAGAUGUCAAUCAAUCAGUGAGCGACUUACUCCUUAACAGAGGCAAGCAAGUCCUUGCCAUACUUCAAGAGUUUUGCGAAGUGUUUUUCAGAAAGCGAACCAGGAACAACUCCACUGAUAGAGCACCACGUGAACUAACAGACAAAGAAUUCCUGACAUAUGGUGGGAAAUGGCAUAGUUCAAAUAGACAAGUUAGAGCAUUCUUAGGACUUGCCGGAUAUUACAGAAGAUUUAUACCAUCGUUUGCUGAGAUUGCGGCACCUCUUACAGACUUAACGAAGAAAGGUUUACCAAACAGGGUACGAUGGGGAGAUGAGCAAGAAAGAGCUUUUCAUACUUUAAAGGAGCAACUAACCAAGAGUCCAAUUCUUCGACUGCCUGAUUUUUCGAAAGAAUUCAUUUUACAGUGUGAUGCCUUGAAUGCUGGGAUAGGCUCGGCAUUGCUUCAGAGAUAUGAGGGAGAGUUGUUAGAAAAUAACAAAGAAUGGCAACAACAUGUUCUUGUAGUACGAUUUCUUAAAAUACAAAACUCUUUGGUACAUUAA